UCAGAGAGUGCCCAGCAGUGCCACCCACCAGUGCCCAUCAGUGCAGCCCAGCAGUGCUGCCAAUCAUCAGUGCCCAGUAGUGACGCCAGUCAGUGCCCCCUAUCAGUGUUGUCUAUCAGUGCCCAUCAUCAGUGCCACCUAUCAGUGCCGCCUAUCCGUGCCACCUCAUUAGUAGUGCUGCCUAUCAGUGCUGCCUAUCAGUGCCCUUCAGUGCUUCCUAUCAGUGCCCAUCAGUGCCGCCUAUGAGUGCCCAUCAGUGCUGCCUCAUCAACGCACAUCAGUG